AUGCCAAAAACGCCCAAGAAGCCACUCAAGCGCAAGACUGAGGACGAGACUGAGGACGAGACGGAGGAUCCGAAGCUAACUAAAUUUCGCAAGCUGGACUCUACCCUGCUCACGCGGUUCGACAGGGAGGUGAUGAGCUCGAUGCGCACCGAGGAGUAG